GCGGGUGGCGGCGCAAUGCUGCAGCUGCGAGAUACGGUGGACUCGGCCGGCACGAGCCCCACGGCGCUGCUGGCGACCAGCGAGGACGCGGGCGCGGGCCGGCCGGGGGCAGGCACGCCGCUGCGCCAGACCCUGUGGCCGCUGAGCGUCCACGACCCUACACGCCGCGCCCGUGUCAAGGAGUACUUCGUGUUCCGGCCCGGCACCAUCGAGCAGGCGGUGGAGGAGAUCCGCGCCGUGGUUCGGCCUGUGGAGGACGGCGAGAUCCAGGGGGUGUGGCUGCUGACCGAGGUGGACCACUGGAACAACGAGAAGGAGAGGCUGGUGCUGGUCACUGACCAGUCCCUGCUCAUCUGCAAAUAUGACUUCAUAAGCCUUCAGUGCCAGCAGGUGGUCAGGGUGGCGCUCAGCGCGGUAGACACCAUCUCCUGUGGAGAAUUCGAGUUUCCUCCCAAGUCGCUCAACAAGCGAGAAGGCUUUGGGGUUCGCAUUCAGUGGGACAAGCAGAGCCGCCCUUCUUUCAUCAACAGAUGGAACCCCUGGUCUACAAACAUGCCCUAUGCCACCUUCAUAGAACACCCGAUGGCUGGCAUGGAUGAGAAGACAGCGUCUCUGUGCCAUUUGGAAAGCUUCAAGGCUCUCCUAAUCCAAGCUGUCAAGAAAGCACAGAAGGAGAGCCCACUGCCGGGACAGGCGAGCAACGUGCUGGUGCUAGAGCGCCCACUCCUCAUCGAGACCUACGUGGGGCUGAUGUCCUUCAUCAACAACGAGGCCAAGCUGGGCUACUCCAUGACCAGGGGCAAGAUAGGCUUCUAG